AUGUCCACAAUCAAGACAGAAAACAACGAGCGGUCUCCCCAGACUGUACUCCAAUCAACCCACUCGCUUGUGUCGGAGAACCGGCAGCCUUCAUACGACGGUUCUAUCCCAGCAGACGAAGUGGGACAUGUGCGGCCCUGCAACCGAGCACUCAGUCUCGGAUUGUCUCCUCACAGGAUCAGCAACGGUGCUCAGAACAAUAGCUAUCUUCGCGAUGCCAGGCUGGCCGAUUAUUUUUCACUACAUCCACGCGGUGGACAGCCUCCUCUCUACCAUACCAUGAACGGACAAGAGCAAACUCGCAACCCGGUGAUGCAUCAGCAUGGCCACAACACGUUCCAGAACACGGUCGAUAGAAUGAUUCCAGAGAUAGUCAAUCUCAAGAAGAACCUCAGCACCUUCACUCAAAACGCCAACAGCUUCGCGCUCAUCCAGUCACAACUGUUCAACUCAUUGAACACACGACUCGUCAAAGCCGAGUAUGAGCGGGAUUGUCUCCGUGCAGCCCUCUCUCAGUACCAGCACCAGCAGCCGGGUAGUCGUAUGAAUACACCACAAACCGCCCCCGAGUUUGGCAGCCGUGCUUCCCACUUCCGUGAGGACGACGGCGAAGACGCGCACAUGCCCAGCCCUGUCACUCCAUGCAAGCCACCUCAAGACAUCAAGCACUACUACAGCAGUCCCAUCCAACACAACACCAGCGAACCCGCCUUCGGCUCCAAACUCACCGGCACCAAGCAUCCGAGGAGCGAGAAAACUAAGGGUCGUAAGGACUUGAAAAUCAAAGUCCCCGGUCAAAUCCCCGUGGGUAAUCUGACCGCAGGUUCCCACCACUCCACCAACGCCAGCAACAGUACCACCACCGCAAUUCUCACCUCCCCCUUAACCCCAGGCCGCAUCGGUCCCCCCAUCCCCCACCCACCCCGCACAACCACCAUAAUCUCCAAACGCAAAAUCCACAACCUUGAAAAACUCCUCCCAGCCUCCACCGCCCUAAUCCCCCUCAUGCCCCUAACCGACACCGAAAUAAUCGUCUACUUCUUCCAAUCUCUCGCACGCCCCAUCGUUUCUCUGCGGCUCUACGCGCGAAACUGGGGUCCCUCAAACAUCUGCGACACGCUCAACGCACACCGCGCUAUUGAGGGCGGAUACCUCCGCAACACUGCGAGCGUCAAGUGCACGACGGCUAUCAAGCGGGGCAAAGAAAAGUUCGGAGACGCCUGGGCGGACGAGUUGCGCGAUGUUUUCGCCCACGCGGAUGAUAUUCAAGCUACGGAUUUGAUGCAGUUGAAUGAGGAGGAGAGGGCCGUGGCGACGGAUUUUAGAGUCAGGGAUUUGAGUAAAGAGUUGAAGAUGCAUCCGCAGAUGGGGGUGGAUGGAGGCGUUUUUACGGAAUGUGUGAAGUGGUGUGUUGAGAAGAGAGCUGGGUAUACGCUGGCAAAUGUGCAUGAGUUGGCGUUGGUGUUGAGGAGGGGGGAGGAGCCAGUUUUGGCGGAGGAGAGUGAGGGAGAGGAUGAGGAUGAGGAUGCGUGA